UUGCAUUAAAUAUAGCAAAAGUGUGUAAACAAAGAGGAAAGUCCCAUGAAAGUUUCAGUUAAGUCAGUUUCUCAACGUUUCCCCUAACCUUUUCUUUUACUUUUUAUAUUCAGUGCAAUAUAUGAGUCUGUGCACUGUCACAGACCAAAUGUGGGGAACACCAGCAUCACCAUUAUCACUCUCACCUCAUCUGCCUUCUUUUCCAAUCUAAUCAACACCUUCUCUCCCUCCUUCAAUGGUGUUACUCAAGCAGUCUGCACAUUAAUCAGGUAUGCCUUUUUCUCAUUCAAUCUGUUUUCCAACUUUGGUCUUAGUAUGAGAUGUAGAGGAAGUGCAGAGUGAAGAUGACAGCAAGAGGUUGUUCUAGUUUGCCUUCUGUGUGUCACCGUAUGUAGUUCAAGUAAAACAGGAAGGAACAAAUGGAAGAUUCAAUUGUCUUAUUCUUUCUUUGUCUUCUGUUUGUUUUACUUCCUCAAUCCAUUUUCUGUGCUUCCUUUACUCCUCUAGAUGGGUUUUUCAUUGACUGUGGGGGAAGUAACCCAACAAAAUUCGAUGAUUCUCGGGUUUUUAAACCCGAUACUAGUAUUCCAGAUGUGAGAUUUCCGGCUUCUUCAGACGUUAUUUCUGUGGCUGGGUUGGACAGUUCCAGUAGCCCAACUCUGUUUGAUUCUGCUCGGGUUUUUACGAGAAUCUCAGUCUAUACUGUUAGGACCAGGCAGAUUGGUCGGCAUUGGCUGAGAUUGCAUUUUUCCCCUGUUCAGAAUUCACAUUAUGAUUUGAAUUCUGCAGUUUUCUCAGUUGUAGCAAAUGGAAUCACUCUGCUUCAUGGAUUCUCCUUCUCAAAAUCCAGUGCAGGGUCCUCCCAUCUACUGAAAGAGUAUGUCAUUGAGGUUGAAGGUUCGAGCUCAAAAGAUCUGGUGCUGACAUUUUCUCCAUGGAAUGGUUCGGCUGCAUUCAUCAAUGGAAUUGAAAUUGUAUCCAUGCCAAAGGAUUUUUUCCCUUCCAGUAUUGUCCCUGUUCCUCUGGGACCUGAAGUUGUGAUCUCAUCACAAAUAGCUUUUGAAACUGCAUUCAGAGUAAAUAUGGGGGGUCCUCUUCUGUCUCCCAAGAAUGAUUCACUGUGGAGGACAUGGGAACCAGAUCAGCCUUAUAUACUCAAUCCUGCUUGUGCCCGCAAGGUUUUCAUCAAUCCAAAUUUAGUCAAAUACCCUCCUGGAGAAUCAGUUGAGAUUGCACCAAAUUGGGUUUAUGCCACAGCACAAGAAAUGGCAGAUGCGAAUGUAACUGAGCAGAGGUUUAACAUUUCAUGGGCAUUUCAAGUUGAAGAGGGUUUCAGUUAUCUCAUCCGACUGCAUUUCUGUGACAUUGUCAGUAUGGUUCUUAACAGCUUAAUCUUCAAUGUCUACAUCAACAAUCAAUCUGCACUGAACUCCUUCGAUCUUUCUAGCAAGACUAUGGCAUUAUCAUCUGCAUACUACAUAGACUUCAUCACUGAUGUUUCCAAGGGCUCGAAUCAGGUUCUGCUUCAAGUAGGUCCUCCCAAUUUAAGAAAUCUCCCCAGCAAUGCCAUUCUAAAUGGGUUGGAGAUCAUGAAGAUGAGCAAUCCAAGUCAGAGUCUAGAUGGAAAUCUUGGAGUCUUGUAUAACAAUUCAAAAAACUCCGAGAAGAAAAUAUGGGUUGUUCUGGCAAUCUCCUGCUUUUCAGCAGGUUUUGUGGUUUUGGUUGUUAUCUUGCUUGCUUUCUUCCUGUAUCUGAAGCAUCCAAAGAAGUCUGAAGAUCCCACCUCCACAUGGCUGCCGCUUCCUACACAUGUGGGCAACUCCGAUUCCAAAGUCUCCAUCUGCAGCUUUGCUUCAACCGCACAGUCUCAUGGUUUGGGCCGGAUCCUGUCAUUCUCAGAAAUCCGAGAAGCCACGAAGAACUUUGAUGAAAGUUUGGUCCUUGGAGUGGGAGGAUUUGGAAAAGUUUACAAGGGUGUACUGGAUAAUGGGGUUAUGGUUGCAGUAAAGCGUGGGAAUCCAGGAUCCCGGCAAGGCCUAACAGAAUUCCGGACAGAAAUUCUGAUGCUUUCCAGGCUCCGGCACCGUCAUCUGGUUUCUUUAACAGGAUACUGUGAAGAACAGAACGAGAUGAUCCUUGUUUACGAGUACAUGGCCAGAGGUCCCCUCCGGAAACACCUUUACGGCUCCAAUCUUCCCCCACUUUCCUGGAAACAGAGGCUUGAAAUUUGCAUCGGAGCUGCAAAAGGGCUGCACUACCUUCACACCGGAGCAGCAGACAUCAUCAUCCACCGCGACGUGAAGACGACCAACAUCCUUCUUGAUGAGAAUUUCACAGCCAAAGUGGCAGACUUUGGAUUGUCAAAAUUAGGCCCUUCUCUGGAUCAGACCCAUGUAAGCACCGCAGUCAAAGGAAGCUUCGGUUAUCUUGAUCCCGAGGUGAGAGUAAUAGUACGGAGGUAAUGUAGUUUCAUGCCUGUAUUCAUAAGUAAAAUUAUCUUUUAUAC